AGAAGCAUACGUCCUUCAGCAUUGGUUUCCCGUUUCCAGCGCCUAUCUACCACACCAACUUCAGACUUGUUAUCUUGCAUCAAUAACUCCGUCCAGCGUUCUGUGCUGUAUUCGACCAAGAUAUAAAUUCAAAUCUACAACCUCAUUCCCCAAAUCCGAAAAGAUGUCUCCAGUUGGCAUGACCCACUUUGCAAAAUGCCAAUCAACAUUCAAGCCACCGCUCAUCGCGAAUGAGAAUGCCUACUUAGGAGAUGUUGCUACAAGCCAGGAAGAAGACCCCGACAAGCCAAUAUCAUGCGGCUUCUACCGCCUCGAGAAAGGCACACCCCUUGUCUACACUUAUACCUACCACGAGAUGAAGAUCAUUGUCGAGGGUUCUUUCGACAUCUCAGACGAGACUGGAAAGGAAGUGCAUGCAGUACCAGGCGAUGUAUUCUAUUUCCCCAAGGGAGCGAAGAUCACUUUCAAGACGGAUGAUUAUGGUCUCGCUUUUUACACGGGACAGAGGAAGGAGGGUGCUGCGUGAGUGUGGAAAUUAUGGAGCGAGUUUUAUGAGUAAUAAGUU